AUGGAUAUCGACUAUCCGUCAAAUGCUAGUAGUGGAAAUAAUAAAGCAAAAUUGUUAAAGAAUCGAGCUUCUGAAUUAAUAAUCCAGGUACCAGUAAGACAAUUAAAAAGAAUUGCUAGAACAGAGGGUAUUGGUUCUUUACAAAGAGAAACUCAACAUUUUAAAAUUUUUUUAUUAUUCGGUGUAACAUCAAUAAACGGCCUUCUACGUAUUUAUCGUAGUCGUGGAUUUAUUCGUUUCUUUUGGGUUUUGGUAACAAUUCUUUCUUUGGCUUUACUAAUUUGGCAAAUUGCGAAACUAUUGGUUGUUUAUACUUCCAAACCCACUGUUUCUCAAGUUUCUUUUUUGCUUCCGGAAAAUGGGUUACAAUUCCCGGCAAUUACAAUAUGUAGUCACAAUCCUGUGCGGAAGGAAUAUGUUAAACGUUUAAAUGCUUCUGGACGUUUUUCACAACGUUUACUCGAUUAUGCAAUGCAUUCUUUUAUGGAACCACAAUAUUUGUUAACAUAUAAAGACCCGGAGAAAUUAAAAAUGAUUGAUCAAGAGUGGAAACAUUUUGUAAAAAAUUCAAAAACAAAUUUUACAAUAAAUUCAUUCUUCUGGAAUGCUUCCACAAGUUGUCGACAAAUGCUUAAGUAUUGUUCUUUUGGUGGAAGGCAAUUUGAUUGUUGUCUUUAUGCUAAAGGGAUAUUGACUGAUAUUGGCAAAUGUUAUCAAUUAAAUUUUGAUGAAGCCGAUCAGUCCUGGUUAAAACACCAAGUACAGGCUGGAAUAAAUAAUGGAUUGCAAAUAAUAGCUGAUGCUCAUACAGAGGAACAAAUCGUUUCUGCUGCAAUAAAUUCUGGUCAUGCUCUAGCAGAAAUAUUCGAAAACGGAUUUCGUUAUUAUGUUCAUGACCAAAAUGCAAUGCCCUAUUUAUCAACAGAGGGGAUUAGUGUAUCCCCCGGGACUAAAGUAUAUUCUGCUAUAAGUCCAACAAAUUAUUUAUUAUUAUCUCAUAAUGAAUGGGGAAAUUGUACAAAUGAAUGGCCUUUAAAUUUAAAUAAAAUUGAAAAUUCUGAUGGUGGAAGUGGAAGUUUAAUUACUCUUGAUGAAAAUUUACCCUACUCUUUAUUAAAAUGCAAAACAAUUUGUUUGGCAAAAUAUUUUUAUGAACGUUGUGGUUGUAGUCCUUUUAUCUACAAUAUUGAAGAAUAUUUCUCUGUUUGUACACCCUAUGAUACUUACAAAUGUAUAAAUGAUGGAAGAAAUAUUACCACAAAAAAUCAAACUGAUAAAAAUAAUGAAGAGGAGGAGGAUGAUUAUUCUCUUGUUGAAGAAUUACCAACUUGUACUGAAUGUAAAAUGGAAUGCCAUCGUUCUGUUUAUCAUAUAUACAAUUCUUAUGCUCAAGGAUUUUCUCAAAGCUUUUUAUCUUGGAUACAAAAGAAGAAAAUUGAAUGGACGCCUAAACAUGUUCAGUAAGUUUGUGAAAGGAGGGGAGGUUGGCGCUAACCUCUAUA